CUAAUCCGACCCAACCAAAUGUUUUUUCGGUUCCGGGGUAUUAUCCAACGCUAGAACCGAACCAAUUCUCCCAAUUUUCAUCGAACGCUUUUGCGUCAUUCCAACAAUCGCCCAACCAAUUCACUCAAAUCUCCCAAAACCAAGCUCUUCAACAAAUGAUGAUGCGGGGUGCUUGGAACUUUCCACCCCAACCGAUCCCGACACCCCCCGUUCAACCCCAACCGAUCCCGACACCCCCCGUUCAAUCCGAACCCGAAGAUGAUGUGGAGAUUGUGCCCGAAACCCAACCGCCAAAAGGGAAAGGAAAAAGAAACAAAGGGAAACAAGUAGCGGGUGAUGAAGCGUCGAAACCGAAGGCGAUUAAAUGGUCCCCAAUCGAAGAAGAAGCAUUAGCCAAGGCUUUCAUUGGCACUUCCGACAACCCGGUAAAAGGUAACAAUCAACCGGGUGACGGGUUUUGGUCCAAAGUAUUGACCAAGUUUCUCGCCAUGAUGGACCAAGGCCCGUAUAGAGAUAUCGACUCGGUUUCCUCGAAGUGGCGAAAGUUGAACACGACCGUUAAUCGGUUUUGCGCGGAGUAUAACAAAUUAUACACAAGUGACCGUCGUAGCGGGUGGAACGACGAAGAUGUGUUCAAAAUGGCAUUGGAAAAGUAUAAACAAAAUCAUGGUUCCAACUUUCCUCACGUUCGCGCGUGGAUGGUUCUAAAAGACGACCCAAAAUGGUCGCCCAUUCCUAACGAGGUGGCGAUGGCGAAACGCCAAAAAACAUCGGAAACGGGUAGUUUAAGCGCCGGUGGGUCGGACGCGAGGUGUCACAUUAACUUAAAUGAUGACGCCGACUAUGACGAAGACGAGUAUAACGUACGUGAACCCGACCGUCCACCGGGCCGAGACAAAACAAAAAAGGAGCGGGCCAAGGGAAAAGGAAAGGAAACGGUGGACCCGAACAUGGUUGAGUUUAUGGAACACCUAAAAGUGUACAACGACAUAUCGGCCCAAAAGUCGAAGACGAAGGAGCGGGCCGUCGAAGAAAAAAGCCGUGCAUCGGACGAGAAGUUAAAAGAAAAGGUCCGAUUGUCGAAUGAGAAAAUCCGAAUCUCCGAUGAAAAAAUUCGGCUUAAGGAAUGGGAAAUAAUGAUGAUUAAUGUCGAGAACGAACCCGAGCCGAGACGUUCGAUGUUGAAAAAACUACAAGACGACAUCAUGAAAAAGCAUCAAAUUAUUUAACUUUAUGUUUAUUUUUAUUAAGUCUUUU